UUCCUCCUUGUGAUUUAUGCUCAAAAUGGAGCACAAGGUGAAAUACCCAAAAAAAUCAUGCAUCAUAUUAAUGUAGCCAACAAAAAUGGCCCUUAUAUUGGUGUUGUAAUACCAAACUUAUUUGAGCUCAACCCUCUUCUUCAAUCUCCUAGCUUCUCUGCUAGCAAGUUUAUCAUUGAUUUUUCAGGUAGGAGAUUUCGAUUCGGAACUAUAGCUGAGAAGAAAGUGAUCUUGGUCAUGACAGGACUUGGCAUGGUAAAUGCAGCUACAACAACGCAAUUGUUGCUAAAUUUUUUUAGAGUGGAAGGAGUUGUACACUAUGGAAUAGCUGGAAAUGCUGAUCCUUCUCUUCAUAUUGGAGAUGUUGCUAUUCCUCAAUAUUGGGCUCACCUUGGUCUUUUGAAUUGGCAGAGAUUUGGACAUGGACCAGAAGAUGAAUUAGCCCUAGAAGCAGCAGGAGAUUACUCGAGGGAAUAUGGCAACUUGAGAUUUGCUGAUUACACAGCAAAUGUUACUGAGGCUGACAAUCUCUUGAACAGAUUUUGGUAUCAAGCUGAAGAGAUUUUCACAGUUGAUGGAGUUCCAGAGGAAAGACAACAUGCCUUUUGGGUUCCUGUUGAUCCUCAUUACUUCGCCGUUGCCAAAAACCUUCAGACUUUAGAAUUGGAGAAAUGUGUGAAUGCAACCACAUGCUUAGAUACAACACCCAAAGUGACCACAGUAUUAAGAGGAGCAAGUGCAAGUAUUUACGUAGACAAUGCAGCCUAUAGAAGCUUUCUCUUUGACAAUUUCAAGCUAAGCCCGGUCGAGAUGGAAAGCGCCGGUGUAGCACUCGUGUGCCACCAGCAAAGGGUUCCCCACAUCACCAUUCGCGCUCUCUCCGAUUUAGCCGGUGGUGGUUCUGCUGAGUCUAAUGAGGCUGAUACUUUCUUACCGGUUGCUGCAACUAAUUCUGUUCUUGUUCUUGUAGAAUUUAUUAAGCAAUUGUCACUUUCCAAAGCUUCUUUUUGAAAUGUGUACGUCCAAUGAAAUAUGCAUGAAACUUAAGUAAGAAUGUUGUUCCUUAUUUUGGAUUUAUGGAAUACAUUUGAAUUAUGAAUGAGAUGAUGUUUGGUGCAUAUAUUUGAUUUUGAAAUUGAACUUAAAGAAAACUAAGAAACAUUAGAAAAGGAUAAUAAAGUGGAAUUUUUGUAUUUUACUACCCACAAAUAACCCACUUAUUGAUAUUACUACACACAAAAAAAAAGUUUAUUUUAAAUUACCAUCCAAAAAAGACAAAAAAUUUAGAUUUCACCACCAUUUAACACUUUCGGUUAAAAAACGUUAAAUCUAACGUUUUAAAAAAAUUUCUUCGAUUUUUGUGCCAAAAACAUGCUUUUUAGAUGUUUUAGGGGCCACUAUUGUCCUUUGGAUCCGAUUUGAGGUCAAAAUC